AUGUUCGAUUUGCUCAAAGGUCGUGGUCGCAGUGUGUUCUCCUCUCGCGAUGCCGUCAUUUACCUAUUCAAUAUAUUUCGAUUGGUGGGCGUAAAUCCCCAACCGAAUUUUCGCAUCUUGAACUUCCUGUAUGGGGGAAUAUUAACAUUUGCCGCUGUUUUUUAUUCACCGAUAAUGUUAACCCUUAGUUGGAUGCGUUAUAGGGAUAUUCUAUCGAUGACAGAGAUACUUAUGUGUAUACAGACUAACGUGAAUACGUUUGGCUUGCCGUUUAAGAGUACCAUGUUAAUAUUGUCCUUGGCGCGACUACGUAGCGUUGAACCGUUGUUAACUGAAUUGGAUGCACGCUACACUGAAGCGAGGGAUAAGGCCAAGAUACGAAGCUGCGCAAUCAUAGGCAACCGUUUUGUAUUUUUCUACACUCUGGUCUAUAUGAUGUACGCAGUUUCGUGGAUGAUAUCAGCAGUGUUGCGGGGCCAUCCUCUAUUUGCGCUAUGGAUACCCUAUGUGGAAUGGCAGAGAUCGACAUGGGAAUACUGGUUACAGUUUAGUUUUGAUUGUACUACGGCUUUGGUCAUACUUUUCCACCAAGUGCUCAACGACUGCUAUCCGGUUGUAUACAUUAACAUUAUACGCACGCAAGUACAGUUGCUAGCGAAUCGGGUAAAACGUUUGGGAACUGUGGCCAAUAAAAGCCAAGAAGAUACAAACGUUGAGUUGAAGGAGUGUAUUAUUUCACACCAGGAUAUUUUGAGAUUGGCGGGAAUUGUAAAGCCAAUAAUAUCUGUCACUAUGUUUGCCCAGCUCUUAAUUACUGCAACAAUCCUGGCCGUCACAAUGAUAAAUAUAUUUAUUUUUGCCAAAGCCACUUCCAGAGUUAUCUCCAUCAUCUAUUUGGUGAACAUUUUUCUACAAAUUUCAACGACUUGUUACUUUGCCUCUUGUUUGCAAACCGACUGUGAGCGGCUUUCAAUGUCUAUUUUCCAUUGCAAUUGGGUAGCACAGGAUAAACGAUUCAAAAAAAUGCUACUUUAUUUUCUACAAUGCUCGCACGAAAACAUUCCUUUGUUUGCGAUGAAAUUAGUGUCAAUUGAUCUGUCAGUAAUCGUAUCGAUCGCCAAGUUUUCAUUCACUCUCUACACAUUCAUCCAAAAAAUGGGAAUUGACCGGAGUUUGAAAAAUUGAAUAAUACGAAUUUACAAAAAUUUAUAGUUACUGCACAGUUCGAGGCAAAGGCAGCUCAUUUUCGCGUUCAUCAUACGCCCCGGUAAUAAAAAAAAACCAUUUGCCCUUUAGAGGCGGCUUAAAAUUGUAGGCCCCUCCAUCUUGUGUAACAACAUCAAGACGCACAACAAAAAUUGGAGCCCAGUUAUAACAUAAGAUUUCUUAAGUCGAUUUGAGUGAAAAAAUUGGAAUUAUUUUUCAAGAAAUAUGUACAUUAGGGAGGGUCAAUUUGUUCUUAAACAAAAAUAAGCGAGUUUGUUUCGGCGGCUGAAGUAUUCUACUUGCAAUUCUGAACAAAAAAAAGUCCACGAAAGCAUAGCUCUUAAAAAGAU